GCCGACAAAGCAAGUGACUCACUCAAUACUCCCCAAAGUCAUCAACAUGACAAUUACGAACAUCUGUAAGGAUCCAACUAUCUUGCAUCUUGUCUACACCCCUCCCCCUUCCCCAUUCCCAAAACUCCUCCGCACUCCGGGGCCGAGUCCGAAAGAUUCCGUCCCCCGGUGGUGAGAAGGUGGACCAUCUUGCGUCUUACCCGACUCUCCGCAUCUCACCCGUAGGGCCGCAGGAAGUUAGGAACGAUACCGUCAUCGAGCCAAGGCAUUGCAAUCUCUACAGCUUGAACUCAAACCCCAGACUUUGCUGCCGCUCCCUCUUCCUUUCCAAGUUUCCCCGGGGCCUCGGUAUGCCGCGUCUACAAUGCGUCACAGUUCGUUCCUUGGCUUCCCGAACAAGAGCGAAAAGGAACCGAACGUCACUGAACUCUACCUGUCAAAAAGAACAUCCCGCGGCACAGCAAUAUCCCGACCAUCAAAAGAAACCGGAAAGUUGGUUCCUCGGCUUCCUCAAAGCCAAGGUAACAACCUCCCGAGAAGCGGUAGCUAGUUCAGCCCUUCAGCUGCCGUAUUCAACUCCCCCGCUGAUCCAAACCCCCGGAUUUCCGAUCCAUCCCGAUCCUUCGUCAAACUCCUAUUGAGUACUCCGUAUGAUCCAGAGUCGAAGAAAGAAACGUGUGCAAACAGGGUCAAAGCCAAGCGCCUCCCCGCAAGGGUCCUUGUGAACCUUUUUGCCGCGGUCGGUGUCGGUGUCGGUGGAUGAAAGGCCGCCUGCUAAAGACAGCGAGUGCCGAGGCUUGUGGCUUUCUGUUCAUGGGGUACCGACGCCACAAUCGAGGCCGCCCAUCUGCUAAGCCACAGACCCCAGGAAACCUUACCUAAGCCUUGAGUGUACUCCGUAGACGCCACAUUACACGCUCGCCCCGUAUUCGAACA